AUGCAAUCGCUUGCUCGUCUCGCUCGAAUCCGCGGCCACAUUCUCCAAACCGUGCGUUUCGCGGGAGCGAGGCGGAGGAGGAAGAGCAUGGCCGGGAAGGGAGGGAAGGGGCUCAUCGCCGCGAAGAUAGCGGCCGGCAUGGACAAGGAUAAGAAGGCGCCGAUCACCCGCUCCGCGCGCGCCGGCCUCCAGUUCCCUGUCGGACGCAUCCACCGCCAGCUGAAAGAAAGGUCACAGGCCAAUGGGCGGGUGGGAGCAACAGCGGCCGUGUACGCGGCAGCCAUCCUGGAGUACCUGACAGCAGAGGUCCUGGAGCUGGCUGGGAACGCGAGCAAGGACCUCAAGAUGAAGCGCAUCAGCCCCCGGCACCUGCAGCUGGCGAUCCGCGGGGAUGAGGAGCUGGACACCCUGAUCAAGGGCACCAUCGCCGGUGGCGGCGUCAUCCCCCACAUCCACAAGUCCCUCAUCAACAAGGGUGUCAAGGAAUGA